AUGGGUUCACAAAUCGCAGAGCCAGACGAAAUUACCGUGCUUGUCACAGGCUUUGGUCCAUUCAGGGAACAAUAUCCCGUCAACCCUUCGUGGGAGAUCGCCAACAGUUUACCGUCACAUCUGCCACCAUUGCGCGCCAAAGAUCCUAACUCGAGGCAUGCGGCUGCUUUUCUACCAAACGUACGCAUCUCGGUGCAUCCAGAGCCUAUCCGAGUCAACUAUCAGGUCGUGAGAGGCUUGGUACCGUCAUUCUACGAUACACUUCGGCCAUUCGACGUUGUCAUUCACAUUGGCAUGGCGGGUCCGCGGCCCUUCUACUCCAUCGAGAGGAGAGGUCACCGCGACGGGUACAAGCACCCAGACGUUGAUGGUGAAAUAAUUGACUCGGACGAAGACCGUCAAAAGGAUGAAUGGCCAUGGCGAGGACUACCAGAAGAGAUAGAAACUGAGCUGCAUCUUGACCAGCUUCUUUCUCUCUGGCAAGGGCACAGUUCAGAGUAUGAUGAUCUCCGCAUAUCUGAAGACGCAGGGCACUACUUGUGCGACUUCAUCUACUACUCGAGUCUGUCAGAGCUGUGGAAGCAUCAGCGGCCAAGAAAGACAGUGUUCCUCCACGUCCCGGCAGAUGCUUCUCCCUCAAGUGUUGAGCGAGGAAGGGACUUGACAUUGAACCUGAUACGAUCCAUUGUCGAGAGCGAGAUGAUUGCCAAGAAUAAACCUCUGGAGAGCAAGGUUGGAGAUGGAGAGCUAUGA